AUGGGGGGUAGAUAUGAGAAGGAGUUUGAGGCUGUGCAGGAUGUGUUUGAGCUCCAGCGCAACCUCAACAACGCCUUCGCCUACGAUCUCGUCCCGUCCCCGUCCGUCAUCGUCGCUGCGCUGAAGGCGGCUAGGAGAGUCAACGACUACCCGACCGCUGUGCGGAUCUUUGAGGGCAUCAAAGCAAAGGUGGAAAACAAGGGCCAGUAUGACGAGUACCUCAAGGAGCUGGAGCCGCUAAGGGAAGAGCUGGGCAUAAACCUCAAGGAGUCGAUGUACCCGGAUCCUACUCGUUAG